UCAUAUUUCUUCACACCAAACCCACAAAACACUAUAGCAAUAGAAACAUUUGCUUUUGAAAAACCCCUCACUCUUCAUCACUACACUAGCUAGCCACAUACAAUGUCGACCAAAUUUAAGGUGUUUCGUGAAUUCACAAGCGAUGACUCAUUCCUAAACCAAGUUAUCCCUGAAAACAUCACCGAAUUCCAAGUGACUCUGUCCCUCGCUAGAGACUACGAUGGCAACAACUCAACCAACGGAAAGUUCAUUCCUUACUGGGACACUGAAAAGGUCACUCCCGAAGUGAUAAAAAAAUUCAAGAAAAAAUACGAACCCACCGCACUGAGGGUUAAGGUUCUUGUCAGCAUUGGAAACAAAAACAAACAAUUUCCUUUCACCAUUGGCUCGGACUCGAACAGCGAAGCAUGGGUCUCCGAGGCCACUGCUUCGCUGAAGAGCAUCAUUAAAACCUACAACCUUGAUGGCAUCGAUGUCAGCUACGAGGACAUCGCCGCCAACGAAGCCGACUUUGUUAAUUCCGUUGGGGGGCUUGUGAGGAACCUGAAGCAGAACAAGCUCAUUACUGUGGCUUCCUUCGCAACAAGCGCUGAUGCCGCCAACAACAAAUUCUACAAUCUCUUGUACGCAGAAUAUGCUACUUUCUUUGACACUGUGGUGUUUCUGAGCUGGGUAGGGUUUACUCCUUCUCGCGCCAACCCAGUUGCGAGCUUGGAGGAGAAGAUCCUUGCCGUGGCCAACGAGUAUAAGGCCGUGAAGGCCUUUCUGGUCGCUUACAGCACCGUUGCUGAGGAUUGGGCUAAUUUUUCGCCACCUAUCUUCUUUAUCACUCUCCAUGGCCUUCUGGGUAACUCUGCGGUUAAGGGAGCGUCCAUUAAGGUCAUUAGUGACGCCACCGCCUCCUUUCCCGCCAAGUGGAUCCCUGAAAUUUUAUUGUUGGCUGCCUCUAAAUGAAUGAGGUAUGACAUGAAGGGUGAACACGUAUCUCACAAGUGUUAUGUGAUAUGUAUGAUGUGUGAAUCUUGAAAUAAUAUCUUAAGGGCAAGAAGUUAUUAGUUAAAAUUAUUAGAGGUAGUUUUAUGAAUGGGUCAUAAUAAUAAAUGCUAGCUAUAUGUACCACUAUGGAAUAAGAUUGGGUCAUAAUAAUAAAGCUAGCUUGCUAGCUAUAUGUACUAUACGUAACUAUGGAAUAAGACCCAUACUAGUGCUAUAGGGGCUUGCUAUAUGUAUGUGUUUCAUCUGCAAAUUAAGAGCUGAGACGCUUGCCAUGCAAGGCAGACAACUAUUAUAUAUAUUAUGUUAUGUGUUUGAAAAAAUAAUGCAUGUGUGUGUCUUGUGAAUAAAAUAUAUUUUUAAGUUCCAAA